UAAGAGAAAUUACUGAAAAGAUAGUAGGAAUGAAACAGUCUUAUUUUCUUCUUUUAACAGCCUACCAAGGGGCUCAUAUUUUGUAGAGAUGAUUUUCAGUUCACGUUGCACAUAUAGACAGACAGGAUACAAUAGUAAUACUGUUUCAUAGUUUCCUAUCCUUAAAAAAACGUUCCAAUAAAGGUAUAAACGGGCUUUAUUUCCCAAUAAAGGUGCAAACAGGCUUUCUUUCGCCUCUUUUCAACACAUUACUUUGUCCAGCGGUUUCAUGUGAUCUCUAGCUUUUCUUCCUAUGAAUCACAACGAAUCUUGUCAAAACAAGAACGUAAUAUGGUAUUUCAUAUAAUGAAAUCAUUAAAUGCACCACGAUGUUAAAAAUAAUACUCAGUAUUAUAGUGUUUUGCAGAUAUAUUCAGCUCUUCGGCAUGUAGCACAUCUACAUCGUUAACGUUAGAAUUUAAGCACUCAUUUAUGAUUCGGUGCUGAGAGAGCGGUGUGUAAAUAACUGCAGUAAUAUUUGUAAUGGAAGUGGCCGAUGACCAUCAGAGUGCUGGGACUCGGCUGGACGUCACGUGCGCUACCCGCCCUGUCCUAUGAAGACCGCGUGAGCUCUGCGGCCGAGGAUCGACUGGAGGCCACUGUGUUAUUCCUGUGGAUGUCCACCCACCCGCAACAGUACACGCUCUAGUCUAGAGCUAUACUAGAUCUAUUGUCCAAUGAUAACAAAGAACAACAAAGAAUUGUCUGUCUCAUUGUUGAUUAAAUACACGUAAAAUUAAAUGACAAAAAAAAACUUGCAAAAAAUCUGAUGGAAAAUAUUUACUGUGCAAACAGAGAAAAUAUGAGGUGAUGAUUACAGAAUCAUGACUGCAAUACAGCAUAGUCCUAUAUUUUUCUGCUGAAGCUUUUUUUUUUGUGCUGUAGCUCGUUAUUCCAAAUUUAAUUUCCUUAAUUAUUACGAUACCGUCUGCUUAGGAUAAUGGAUUCAUUACAUUGUUUGCACGUUUUUGCACCCUUUCUCCUUUUUGCUAUUAUAGCACAAACUGUAACUCAGAUUUUCUGGGUGAAGAAUUACUUUCAGGUCUUGACCUGUCUGGCGCUGCAUGUUUCAACUUCAGUUAGUCUUGAUCAUGAUAGGCUAAAUGAUCUUUAGAUAUGCAAAUAGGGACGCUGCGCCCGCCGAGCGGAAGUGAAGGGAUGAAGGCAUGGAGUGCUGAGGGCAGAAGCAUUUCCGACCAAUGGGAAGCGAGGAAUCGAGUCCAAGUGCGUUGCUCCCCGUGCCUCCCGCGAGCCGCAGCGACGACAGCCAGACAGAGAAAGAAAGGCGCAGACCUACCCGGAGCCAAAACUCUGCCUCUUCUGGAUCGAGUUCAAGUCAACCUCUAGAAUACUCUCCAAAAUCCCGAACGAAAGAGGAAGGAAGAUUUAAAAAAAAAAAAAAAAAAAAAAAAAAACGAAGUGUUCGUUGCUUUGACUUUACCGCCUUCUAGCAAGAUUUAUCUUCCGGUGCUGUCGGAAAAAAAAAAAUACUUCUAAAGCAAAAAAGGGAAAGCACAAAUUUGAACUUCAGAAAUGUGAAGGCACCGAAUCCUGUUUCUCCCAGAUUCCCGGAUCCCAGUUUUAAUUCAUGCAAUACAGUGCAAUGGAUGAGUUCCACCCGUUUAUCGAAGCACUCUUGCCGCAUGUGCGUGCCAUCGCCUACACCUGGUUCAACCUGCAGGCCCGGAAACGCAAGUACUUCAAGAAGCACGAGAAGCGGAUGUCCAAGGAUGAGGAACGAGCGGUCAAGGACGAGCUCCUGGGUGAGAAGCCUGAGGUCAGGCAGAAGUGGGCGUCGCGGCUGCUGGCCAAGCUGCGCAAGGACAUCCGCCAGGAGUAUCGGGAGGACUUUGUUCUCAGUGUGACGGGGAAGAAGCACCCGUGCUGCGUGCUCUCAAACCCGGAUCAGAAGGGCAAGAUCCGGCGCAUUGACUGCCUGCGGCAGGCCGACAAGGUGUGGCGCCUGGACCUGGUCAUGGUCAUUCUGUUUAAAGGCAUCCCGCUCGAGAGCACGGAUGGCGAGCGCCUGGUCAAGUCCCCCCACUGCUCGAACCCGGCACUUUGUGUUCAGCCUCAUCACAUAACAGUGUCAGUCAAGGAGCUGGACCUUUUUCUCGCAUACUAUGUCCAGGACCCUGAGCCACAGCAGUCGGGAAGUCCCAGUAACAACGAGCCAGGCAAGAACCCUCCAGAAUACUUGGAAGACAGUUUCAUCAAAUCAGGAGUCUUCAGUGUUGCAGAGCUCAUCCGCAUCUCCAGAACACCAAUCACCCAAGGAGCGGCUGUGAACUUCUCUAUUGCCGACAUGCCAAGUCAGCCAUACUACCAUGACUUGAACUCAGGCGUGGGUCUUCACCGGUCGCUGCCCUCGCCACCCAGCAGCAAACGGCCCAAGACCGUUGCCAUUGAGGACAGCAUGGAGACAAGUCCCUCUGGAGACUUUUACUCAACACCCAACUCUCCGGCCAGCGGCAGUCGGACCUGGCAUGAGAGAGAUCAAGCAGACAUGGCGUCUCCCACCAUGAAGAAGCCCGAAAAGCCACUGUUCAGCCCCACCUCCCCACAGGACUCCCCUGCACGCCUCAACACUUUCCCCCAUCACCACCCGGCCCUCACUGGGGUGGGGCACAAUGUUAUUUCAACUAGAAGCCCUCCACCACCAUCACCGCUGCAGUUCUCAACACCGGCCAUCCUCCCCCCAGCUCCGUCACCCUACUUCUCCCACUCUGCUAUUCGCUAUCCACCACACCUCAACCCCCCAGAGGCCCUGAAGAGCUACGUACCGUCGUACGACCCGUCCAGUCCACAGAGCAGCCAGCCCAACAGCAGCAGUCAGGUGGUGGGGAAGGUCCCUGGGCACUUCACCCCUGUACUGGCCCCCUCUGCACAUCACAGCGUACGACCUAUCGCCCUCUCAAUGCCCGACAGCAAACCCAUCGCCACAUCCACAGAAGGUGAGCCAGCAUCACCCAGCAGCACCUCCUACUCGGCCCCCGGGACCCCCACUGCAAACCGCUUCGUGGGACUCAGCUCCAGGGACCCUGCAUUCCUGCACCAGCAGCAGCUGAGGAUUUGUGACUGGACCAUGAAUCAAAACGGCAGGCAUUAUUACCCCAGUGCCAGUGAGGAUACUUUGGGAAUUGCUUGGCAAAGUCCUGGUACCUGGGCGAGCUUAGUUCCAUUCCAAGUGUCGAACGGGACACCGAUCCUGCCAACAAAUGUCCAGAACUACAGCAUAAACAUCAUUGGUGAACCCUUCCUUCAAGCGGAAACCAGCAACUGAGGAUCAGCCCGGAAGGAAGCCCCAAGCGGAGGACAGACCAGCAUGCAACACUGAACAAUCCCCAUUGUCCUCUCGGAGGAUGCUGGCUAGCAACGCUACAGGGUGGGUUCAAGCACUCUCAUGAUAUAUUACUGCUAAAGCCUAGCAGGCUUCAUGUAAAAAAAAAAAAAUCCCCCCAGUGAAAAACUGUGAUGUAUCAGACUUUAGAUGCCUUAAUAUGUGCAUGAUAUGCUAGUUUAUGUUUGUAUUUUUGGUAUUAUUUUUGGGAGCUCUAGUUUUACAAGCAGGUUUAAAUAAUUUGACUGUGCAAAGACUAUCUUGCGAAUGUCAAACUGCAGACUUUUUCUCAAGUGAAAUCGGCUCUGAUUUAAAGAGGCUCACAGGUAAAACCUUCCAUUCCUUUUCCAUAACAAGAAAAUGAGGCUUUUGAUUCUUCUGAUCAUUCACCACAACUCACUCGAAUUUGUGUAAUCUUAAAGAUGUCAUAUAGAUCUAGCAUUGGGGUUUAGUUUAAGGUAAAGUUUGGCAUAUAAACUCAACAAACUAAAAAAGAUUACAUAAAAAAACCCUACGGCUGGACACCUUUUGGCGCAAAGCAAACAAAUUUUUUUAAGAAAGAUUCGCUGAUGUGCAAUUGAAGUUGUAAUUGAAGGGAAGCUAUUGAAGUCUGCUAGCCCUGAGACUCUAAACGAGGGUGAUGGAAAGUUUUCUUGAAAACAGCAAAAAACUUUCAAACUAAUUAAGGUUACAUCAUAAAUUUUAAAGGGGAAAAACUGGGUAGUGAAAGCAAAUGGUUGCUUCGUCUACUAAAGCACUCAUAUCUGGGUAGAGCUGAACAUGAACGAAAAAGCACUUAUAUUCUAAGGGGAGAAUGGAUAUAUUUAUUAUGAGGAAACCACACAAAUUGUGUAUAAAUAGCCUACAAUGCCCUGUCCACAAUAUGAAAGUGUAAUCAUUUGGCUGUCAGCUUAUAAAGCUAUUGUUUACAGUACAAUUUUUGAAAAAAUUGGAAUGCUAGAUGAUGAAGCUCAAAAAAGAAAUUCUGAAAAUGUGCACUCAACACAGAUUAAUAGAGUGCAGAGGAGUUGCAUGGUGCUUUUUGAGAAACUCUACAGGUCCCUGUGUUUGGAGAAAACCAGCAGUAACACUACAGUUUGCAUGGCAGAUAUUGCCUUUGUCUUUCCAAUCCAGAUACAGUCUCUUCAAUAAUCUUAAUUUGCACGAAGAUAUAUAGCCCACAUUACGUGCCUUGCCUUUGAAUAUAGAAAAAAGCAUCACUACAGUUUUUUUGCUGCAUUUAUUACCAUUUUAAGAAUUAACAUUUUUAAGAAAAAAAAAAAAACAUAUUUUGUACUUUGGAUGAAUUUGUGACAUUGUUGAUUUUUAACAACAUUUAAUACUUUAUCUCACAUUUAUAAUGCAUAUCAUGGCUGUGUAUAGUUGCCAUUUUAAAGUCUAUAAUCAACCAGCAUUAUUUUCAGUAUUUGUUUUUCCUUUGGUGGUUUUUUUUCUUAUAACCUUUUAUCCAUGUUCCAGUUUUUAUUUUGGGGGGGCAGGAGGUUUCAAAUUUCUAAGACUUAUGCAAUACCGAGUUUUGCCUAUAUAGGUAGUGCAUUUAGAUUUAUGGAUUAUUAUAAGCUAGUAUGGAAAUAGACAACAUUGUACACAUUUAAUUGGUUGAUGUUGGUGUUGUUGUUGUUGUUGUUGUUGUUGUUGUUGUUACUGUUGUUGUUGCUGUUAUGGUGGUUGUUGUCCUUUUUUUUUAAUUGACCAAAGUGGGGACUGCUUUCUAUGCAGUGUAUGACUAGGUCUUUUUAGUGUACUGACAGAUGGAGAAGUAUGUCAUUUUAUGUUUUUUUCGUUAAAUUCUGGGGGGAGGGGAACUCUUUCCAAUUUGAACAGCACGUCUGUGAAGAGGGAACCCUGGGGUCUGAAAUAGCUGCAAAGUCACUGAUCUGUCUACUGUGAUGAACUCGGUCCCCUUUCAGCUUCUCACCAGGGUGCUUGCGAGGUUUCUGGAAGAAGGAGGGGCACGACUUGAGUAUGACAAUCAUACACUUUGCAAUUAUGUAAAGCAAGAGUUGCAGUAAAAUGCACGAAACAGCAGAUUGAUGAUAUGGACUGUUCUGAGACAGACAACUUGGUGUGUUCUCAGCAGUCGCUAUAUCUGUGUAAUUGGAUGUUCGUACUCAUCGUCACUCUAAGGUGUAUUCAGUUAUCUCUUCAUAUUCAUUUCACUGCUGUUAUUCAGUAAGUUUUAAAUAUCAGCUAGUGUUCUAAGUUUUAUGCAAACUACCUUUGUAAAUGUAUGCCUUAAUAAACCAAGUGACUUUCUUAAAGUGCACUACAAUCACAUUGAUCCAAAUGGUCUAAUAGGUAAACUUGACAACACUAUACACUUACCCUAAUAUUGCACAGAUAGAUUUUAAAUAUAAAUUCCAGGACAGCAAAAAAGGCAAUUUGGCAAGUGUACAGAUUUGUAUGUCAGUUAUUGUAUUAAGGACCCCAGCACGCUGCCUUGAGGCCUAGAAGUUCCACUCCUGAGCAUAACAGGUCAGAGUUUUAAAAAAGAUUCAUAGCCAGCAAUCCUCCUCAAUUUAAAAAAAAAAAAAAAAAAAACACACACAGACACACACACGGGCAUUACAGACUUUAAUUAUCCUUUUUCAAAGUUUGGUCAAUGUUCCCUUUAAAAAAGUCCACCGAACUACCUAAUGUAAGUUAGCUGUCACUUCCCUUAUCCUUGACACUAUUUGCACUAGUCUCCAGUGCCGUGGGUAUCUGGGAGACCUGCAAGUGAGCUCUCCCACCUGCUGCAACAGGUCAGUCAUGUUUGCAUGUGUGGAGGGGAUCUAAAAUAGGAAUCUCAAGUCAAGCCUCGCCUCUCCUCUUUCAGUGACAACCUCAUUCUGACCGAAAAAAGACGCCCUGUUUUAUGUGCACUGUUUUCCCUUUGUUAAUACGAGAAACACAAGUGCUUUGCAGCCCUUCAGUCUCCAGCGAUGCCUCUAAAGUGCAUUUUCCCCUAGUGUGAAAAGAAUGUUUUCAAGCUUGUUUGUAGGGAAAUCAGUGCAGUGAAGGAGAGACAAGUACAAACAGGCAGAAAUCUUGCUGAUGGUAGCACUACAAUAGUACCCUUGGGGUUGUUAUUUGACCUCAUCCUCUCCAGUGAAAAUGUGUUCAUGUGACUUUGAAGCUGUGGAAUGAUGGAAAACUGAGGGUCUUUGUUUUGAAAUGCCUGCCUUGUAGACAGCAGUUUGUACACUGUAUAGUUU